AUGAAAACAAAUUCAUUAAAUAAUCGAUUUUAUCCUCACAAUGAAAUUCGAACAGAUUGUAUUAUCAACAUGGACGAUGACUCGGAUAUGCCGUAUUCUGAUAUGGCAUUUGCUAUCGAUACUUGGAGAGGACAUUUCUUCAAUAAUCUUGUUGGUUUUUCACAUCUAGGAAGUAAUCAUAUUCCAACUUACAUUAAUGUCACUCUUCAAUAUGUUCAUAGUAACAAACGAUUACUAUCAAAAAAUGGUGCAUUUUACAGCAUCGUGCAUCCAUCGUGGUUGGUAUUUCAUCGUCGCUAUCUUUAUCAAUACACAUAUAAGUUACCACAAAGUGCACGAGAUUUGGUAGAAUCUCUAACUAACUGUGACGAUAUACUAUUUAAUUUUUUAGUCGCUAAUAUUACUAAGCAAGGGCCAGUUGUGAUAGAUGCAUGGGAAAAACCGUAUAAUUUAGGUGGUUUAUGGAAACGACGAACUCAUAUGGAAACUCGAACACUAUGUUUGAACAAAUUCGUUGAAAUUUUUGGUGGAAUGCCAUUAAAAUAUACAACGAAAGAAGCCCGUACGGAAGAUAGCGUUGACUCGCUCAGUGAAGUGAGUUCUUUGGAUGAUGAUUUUGCUGGAAUGCACUUGGAAUCUACAAGUUCCGACGAAGAAGUCACUGAUAAUGAGAUGAAUUCAAACGUCUGGAGUGAAAUAGAAUCAGAAUCUGAUGGUGAAUUUCUAGAGGAUCAUGGAAUUGUUGAACAAGUGACGCCAAUUUCCGAAGAUGGUACAAUCAAUCCUAUUGAUUGCUAUCGACAUUUCAUCAUCGACGAGAUUAUAAGCCUUAUGGUUCGCGAAACUAAUAGAUAUGCAGAACAAUACUUACUAACACAUAAACUUAACAAGCGAUCAAAAAAUCUUCAAUGA